AUGGCCGGUGUCUGGAACCACGAGGAGCGAACGGUGUUGAUGAUCCUCAACGAAGACUACCCCGACCUCACUCGAGAGCAGCGGCACGACAUCUUCUACCGCAUCUUCGAUCACCAACUACGGAGUGCGGGUCGUAGGUACCAGCCACAAGACCUGCAAGACCAGGUGAGUGUUCUCUUCCGCGCGCAGCAACGUUCAAUACUGACAAAUCAUGUAGUGGAAGCAGCGCAAUGCCCCUGGCAGACAGAUUGAGAUGUGGAACGACAUCGACACAGCGUCCCCAGACCCGGCGCAGCGGACUCGAGUGGCAAGUAUGCGAGCCAUUCAGACUCACGCUGCUCGCAGCGGGGCUACCAACUUCGUGACUGGACAGGUGAACCAGCCGAUCGCUCUUGGCAAUCACGUCUCCUACGUUCCAGUUCGAGGCCGCCCUGCGGGAGGCAACAACAAUUCUACUCCGGCACCAUCAUCCCGAAUCACCCGUAGUAACGCUCCCAAAGACGAUCAGUCGGGCGAGAACAAGCGCCAGCUUCGCAGCAGCACAGCCCGCCGUGGUGGUGAGAAGAAGGAAGAGCCGGGAAAAGAGGAAGGUCCUCGUGGUACUUUGAAAGAUAUGCCCAUGGAGGUCGCGAAGGAUACCCGUCUUCUACGCAUGGUUCAUUUCUGCGAGAUCUUCCUCACCGAAGGCAAACCAACCCUCGAUACAUCCCGCAGCGUCGGUCCGGUUGCAGAAGACAGCAAGCUAUAUCAACUCGGAGGACCAGUUGCUCAGCUCCAUAUCGAAGACAAGACCUUCGAUGUGAUCGUCUGCGUCGUCUCAGACUGCACCUUCUGCAGUAGGAAACGGCGACCAGCCGAUCUGAAGCAGCGCACGGCCAUGGCUCGCGCCGCAGAGAGCAACAGCCAGAUCGAACCUGAGAAAAGCGGCUUCUACAAUCUGCCGUUUGUGCAUCGUGGUCGAGACUGCAAGCUGAUUGGGGGUGUCAUGCUGUUCAGGCCACAAGGCUGGAUUGGCCCUCCUCCAAAGAAUACUGUGGCUGGCAACGUCCUCUUCGACGACAGAUACUAUCAACCCAAUGGCCAGGUGGGACAAGUCUCAGCCCGCGACGCACUGCUUUGCAAGGCCGAGGAAUGUCCCGUCUGCAUGCAAGCAGCAAAAGAAGAAGCCGCCAAGGAGAAAGUAGACCAGGAGGAGCCGAAUCAGGGGAAAGCAUAUCAGCUGCGAUCACGGCACGAAAAAGUGACGAGCAACGUCCCUCAGGUCAACAAUCCCAACUCGAGCGUCUUGCUGCAUCCAAAACGCGUGGCCUGCGAACUUCCGACCUUCGCGUGCCUCCCGAUGACGAUCAUCCCCUCCAAAUGA